CUUUUUCUUGUCUCUUGUUUCUUUUCGCUCUCCCCCCCCCCCUUUGUUGUUGUUGUCUGUUGUUGUCUCUGCACCCCGUUGCGGUUGCCUUUGGUCGCGUCCUUGUGCCGUCCGUGUCGCCUUGCCCUUUGGCGAUUUGUCCUUUGGCGUUUUCCGUUGGCCUUGUCUUGGUCUUGCGUUGCGUUGCCUUCGGUGUUGCCGGUUGCCUGGUGCUUGUCUUUGGCAUUCCGUCUGACUUGUUGUCCGCUGCUUGUUCUCUGGUCGUCCUUUGGUUUCCCGGCUACCUUUGUGGUCUCCGUUUAUGACCUUUGUUUCUGGCUUUUUCUCUCGGCGCGCCUCGGUGAACUUUGGCGCCGGUGUUUCUGUCUGGCAUUUGGUGCGGCCUUUUCUCCUGGCCGCUUUCUCCUUGGGCCAUUUCUCAGCUUGGCUUUUUUUUUUUUCCGUGGGCCCUUUUCCUUGGGCCACUUCCCCGCGUGGCCUUUUUCCUGGCCAUUUCUCUGAGUCACCUUCCUUUGUGACCUUUUUUCCUGGCGCUUUCCCUGGGCCACGUUUCCCCUUUGUGGCCGUUCCCGCGGGCCACACUCCACCGUCUUUUGAGGUGGCGCUUUCCUUGGACCGGUUUUCCGUUUCGGCCUCUCUGGCUGGCCGCCUUCCAGCGCCUUUUGAGGUAGCCCUUUCUUCGGGGCCACUACCCGCUUUGACCGUUUUUCCUGCGGUCUCCUUUCCGCAUGGCCUUCUUCUCCGGCCACCUUCGACUGGCCACUUUCUCCAUGUGGCCUAUCUCUUGGGCCACUCUCUCUCUUUGGCCGUUCCUGGUAGCCACUUUUUUCCGCGUGCCGUCUUUCCUGGACGCUUCCUUUUGGGCCACUUUCUGUGUGGCCCAACGUCUUUCUCCAGAGGCUUCCCUUCAUCGUUUUCGAAGGGAAGCCUAAAACCAAGCUCAAAAUAUACAUUCACGAAUAAAGAAUGAAUUUUUCCUCUUUUCUCUGCCGCCAUUGUUGGUAUUUGAUAAGAAGAUCGAUACUACGGGAUCCAAAAAUAAAGAACACCAUAACGAAGCUGUUAAUCGGUAUAGCUGUCGCUAAACAAUUGAUAACAAAUUGUACACAAAAAU